CGCCGGGCCUCAAGACACCAUACCACGUCUCGACUUCACCAUUGCUUUCCCUUUUCUCCUCCUUUAUCCCAAUCCUCCCACAAUGGCUACGAAAAGGAGCGUCGCUGCCUUGAGACCAGCUCUCAGUGGUCUCAGAGCUCCUCAGAUUCGUCCACCAUGCCUCGCGCAAAGAUGCACGGCUUCGUCGCCGUUGAGACCUUGCGGGGUUGCGCUAUUCCGGCAUUCUCCAGUACGAUAUGCGUCCUCCGAGGCGCAACCUGAGAAAUUCGGCAAGACGGGACUAUAUGACUUACAUGCUUCACAUGGAGCUAAGUUUGUGCCGUUCGGAGGUUACCAGAUGCCGGUACAAUACAGCGAUCUGGGCAUUGGAGAGUCACAUAAUUGGACACGAGAGAAGGCGAGCUUGUUCGACGUUGGACAUAUGGUCCAGCAUGAAUUCUCGGGGCCCGGUGCGCAGGCCUUCUUGGAAACCCUGACCCCUUCCUCCCUCUCCUCCCUCAACGAGUACACCUCCACCCUCUCCGCCCUCCUCCACAGAGAAACCGGCGGCAUCGUCGAUGAUACUAUAAUAACCCGUCUCCCGGGAAAGUUCUACGUCGUCACCAACGCCGGCUGCCGCGAAAAGGAUCUGGCCUACCUAAAAUCGGAGCUUGAAGACUGGGGGAAGAACCACCCAGACCAGCCCGUCGAAUGGAAAGUCCUAGAUAACCAGGGUCUGAUUGCUCUGCAGGGCCCCCUAGCCGCAGACAUCCUCUCACGAGUCCUGGACGAGGAACACGCAAAAGAGCUCGAGACGCUGUAUUUCGGACAGUCCACCCACGCCACUAUCAAAGGCACUGAUACCGAAGUUCUCGUCAGCAGAGGCGGUUACACAGGCGAAGACGGCUUCGAAAUCAGCAUCCCACCCUAUGCCACGGAAGCAGUCACCGCCUUUCUCCUCGACUCGGCGAAGGAUGAGCUCAGACUCGCUGGGCUGGGCGCGAGAGAUUCCUUGCGCUUGGAGGCGGGUAUGUGCCUGUACGGCCACGAUUUAGACGACACCACGACACCAGUAGAAGCCGGGCUCUCCUGGAUCAUAGGCAAAGACAGGCGCGCCAAGGGCGGCUUCCACGGCGACUCGGUCAUACUGCAGCAGCUGAAGAAGAAAUCCGAAGGAGGCGGUGUCUCCCGCCGUCGGGUAGGCUUCAUUGUCGAGGGUGCACCCGCACGAGAAGGUGCGAAGAUUCUGGAUCCGGAAUCUGGCGAGGAGAUCGGUGUCAUUACAUCUGGGUGUCCGUCGCCGACCCUGAAGAAGAAUAUCUCGAUGGGAUAUAUCAAGGAUGGAAUGCAUAAGAGUGGCACGGAGGUGCAGGUCGUGGUUCGGGGUAAAAAGAGGAAAGCGACGGUUAGUAAGAUGCCGUUUGUGCCGAGUAAAUAUUUUCGGCCGGCGCCGGGCGCGAACGAGUGAUGGGAGAGGAGUGUAAGAUUUCACUGGGAUGUUAUGACCGACAAGAAUUGAAGCACGCAUUAGUAUUCAACAUAUCGCAAGCAAUGGAUAUGCGUGAAGGAUAACGUGUUCAACCUAGCUUUACACAGCGUGACGGACAGACGUAUUUAGGCGGGAUAAUCGGCGGUUGCAUCAUUAACCACAAUCCGGUGGUGCCUUUGCGGAUAGGAUGGCUGAUCAGCAUUUAGAAUGUUGACUGAGAUUCGAAGUGUCACUCCACAUACGAUCUUCUCCCAUGUACCCUUCCUAACGAUUUUAUGGC